GCGACACCAGAACGGAGAUUGGUCCCUUUUGACGUCAAGCCCCUGCCAGUUGUGACAAAACGAGGAUCCAUCACAUGGAUCGAGACACUAGAACGAACCGCAUGAGAUCUUGAGACCCGAAAAGCUUUUUGCCACUCAAUAAGAAGAGAGAUCCUGUGUUCCCGUGUGGAUUUUUUCUAUCAUCUUCUCAUCUGCUCCUUGCUCCGUCGCCCAUAAUGUCUCAGGAGGGGCAGCCUCCCACGCAGGCCAAGGAUGCCGUCCUGGUGCAGUCGGUCGAGAUGCCGGAGGGCUCACAAAAGGUCGAGGAGCUGGACUUCAACAAGUUCAAGGGCCGACCCAUCACCGCCGAAGAUCUGCUCGAAGGCAUGAAACACAUGGGAUUUCAAGCCUCUUCCAUGAGCGAGGCCGUCCGCAUCAUAAACGAAAUGAGAGCAUGGCGCGACCCAGAGACUGGCGAUGGAACCACCAUCUUCCUGGGCUACACGUCCAAUCUCAUCUCGUCCGGUCUGCGCGGCGUAUUCCGAUAUCUAGUCCAGCACAAGCACGUGUCGUGCAUUGUAACUACGGCUGGCGGCAUCGAGGAGGACUUCAUCAAAUGCCUGGGCGACACCUACAUGUCGUCAUUCAGCGCCGCGGGCGCCGACCUGCGAAAGAAGGGCCUGAACCGGAUCGGCAACCUCGUCGUACCUAACUCCAACUACUGCGCCUUCGAGGACUGGGUGGUGCCCAUCCUGGACAAGAUGUUGGACGAGCAGGAGGAGAGCAAGGGCAAGGGCGAUGACGCCGAGAUCAACUGGACGCCGUCGAGGGUCAUCCACCGCCUCGGCAAGGAGAUUAACGAUGAGCGCUCCGUCUACUACUGGGCCUGGAAGAACAACAUCCCCGUCUUCUGCCCGGCCCUGACGGACGGGAGCCUCGGCGACAUGCUCUACUUCCACAGCUUCAAGGCGUCCCCGCGCCAUCUCCGCAUCGACAUCGUCGAGGACAUCCGCGCCAUCAACACCAUCGCCGUCCGGGCCAAGCGCGCGGGUAUCAUCAUCCUCGGCGGCGGCAUAGUCAAGCACCACAUCGCCAACGCCUGCCUGAUGCGCAACGGCGCGGAAUCGGCCGUCUACAUCAACACGGCCCAGGAGUUUGACGGGAGUGAUGCUGGCGCCAGGCCCGACGAGGCCGUCUCGUGGGGCAAGAUCAAGAUCGGGGCUGAUGCUGUCAAGGUGUAUCUCGAGGCGACCUCGUGCUUCCCCUUUAUUGUUGCGAACACGUUCGCGAAGGAGGCGCCAACAGAGGCGACAAGAUAACCCCGUGGAUGCUUGCGCUGACGGCAUGGUUAGGUCAAGGAAAUACGUUAAAAUUGCCUGCCUGCCGAGGCACAUAUCUACUAGGGCUUUAUCGGUGUAUUCCGUCGCAAACCUGUUCGGAUAAAACCCCAAUGAGAUGUGAUAUCAAGCCAGAUAACCCCAAUCGCCUGCCAUGGUCGGAGUUGUGAUGAAGAAACCAAACCCAAAAGAAAAUAGGAACAAAACAACAUUUCCGUCGUGUACCGUCCCGACCUCAUUUCGCGCCACCUAGGCUAGACACUCGCGGGCUCCGAAUCGACUGCUUGCACCACCGUCGCGACGGACCACAACCACUGGGCUAUCCGUCGACCUCCAUUUUCGAAUCAAAUCGUCCAGUCGGGUCCAUCCGCCUCGAUUGUUCCAUCCGAAUCGUACACCCGGGUGGAUGAAGUCGAUAACUCUGUGGUCUCGGUAUCACUAUCGAGCGUCGUUUCGGAUACCACCCGCCGAGCUUCGGGAUGCCCUGCGACCUCAGGAAUGCGAAGGUGAGAAGGCCCAUCGGGCAUCUCGAAACGCCCAAUCGCCUCGUUGCCGUCUCUGCUCUUUCGAAUUUGCAUCUCGUUCUCGGUUCUCUUCACAAACUCGGCUGAGGCGCAUACGAUACAGAACGCCGGCAGCGACAUCGCAUCUCUGCUCCCACUGACGGCACCCCUGACGUUGGAAGUUGGGGGCUGGACGGACCCGGGUGUUGUGAAAAUGCCCCGACUAGCCAUGUAACUGUACCUAAAUGUCGAGGAGCAAAAGCGGAAUGCUCAUAAUGUUAGCGAUUUGACUUGCUUCCCCGUCAGGCAGGGCUAGGCUUCAUUACGAACGUCAAGUUCUCCAUGGGAAUGCGCUCCGUGCAGGAAGUUUCCGCGUUGGCAACAAGGACAGUCGCAGGUGACCGUGGUGUAGCGCCGCUGAUCCUUGGUGCUGUGUCUAGCUUGCCACCUCGGCAGCCCCAGCAUAGCAAGCACGAAGGCUCGCUAAGGGUGGAGCUAGAGCCGGAGGAAGACGGCGGUGAAUGGCCUUCAGGAUGGAUGGCGGGUAGGCAUUCGAAGCUCUGGAUGCUAUCGGCAGAUGUUCUGGGCCGCCUAUCAACCGUCGGUAUGGGGUUAGGGGUUUGAGCGAUCGGAUGGACAGGGCCUGCUGUUGCCAUCACGGCGGGCCUGGCAGAGACCCGAUGUCCACCGCCGGAGGAUCCACCUAUCAUAUCCCCAUCUCCUUUGCGUCUUCGUUGUCUGAAAUUGUAUCGAGGGCCGCCGGUAGACAUUGACAUAAGGGUUCGUGUUUAGGGCGGAGCCUGCGCCCCGG